UAUGAAGAAAACGUUCGCAAGGCAACAAUCUUACUUCCCCAAAUCGCCCGACUGACCGUGGUGAUCUCCUCAAAGAGCCCUCUCGUUUCAUCAGCGGCUGAUUUGCAGAACAAUAAGUACUCUGACGCAUUCCUGGUUUAUGAUUUCAUUGGCAGGGAUUGAGUUUUAGUUUCUUCUUGUUUGGUUUAAUUGAUCAAUGGAGGCGAGUGGUGGUAGUUUGAUUGUAAAUUCAAGCUUAGAACCGAGGGAUGACAUGGAAUUUGAUACGCACGAGGCAGCUUAUGAGUACUAUAAAGAAUAUGCUAAAUCGUUAGGGUUUGGUACGGCCAAAUUGAGCAGCCGUCGAUCCAGAGCAUCGAAGGAAUUCAUAGAUGCCAAAUUUUCAUGCAUUAGGUAUGGAAACAAGCAGCAAUCAGAUGAUGCUAUUAAUCCAAGGCCUUCGCCGAAAAUUGGGUGUAAAGCUAGUAUGCACGUGAAAAGGAGGCCGACGGGGAAGUGGUAUAUUCAUAGUUUUGUGAAAGAGCAUAACCACGAGCUUUUACCAGCUCAAGCACACUUUUUUAGAAGCCAUAGGAAUGUUGAUAUUUCUAAUAAUGAUACGAAGGUCAGAAAGAAGAAGGCUGUUACUUCAAUGUCUAAACAGUAUGGUGCUUAUCAGUUUUCAGGUUCUUGUACAGAGGGUGUAAUCCGGAACCAGCAUGAUCGGGGGCGUUUUCUAAGUUUAGAAGAAGGUGGUGCUCAGAUUGUGCUUGAAUUUUGUGCUCAAAUGCAUGAAGAGAAUCCUAAAUUUUUCUAUGCAUUGGACUUCAAUGAGGAACAUCGGCUUCGAAACAUCUUUUGGGUCGAUUCAAAAGGAGUGGAAGAUUUCACAUAUUUCAGCGAUGUGGUUUCAUUUGACACUACCUAUUUUGCAAACAAGUACAGGAUUCCUCUGGUUCUUUUUAUUGGAGUGAACCAUCACAUCCAACCUACAUUGCUUGGUUGUGGAUUGAUUGCUGAUGAUACAGUGUAUACUUUUAUCUGGUUGUUUCAGUCAUGGUGUUUGGCAAUGGGGGGACGGAGUCCUAACGUUUUACUAACAGACCAAAGCGACACGAUCAAGGCUGCUGUACAGUUGGUUUGUUCAGACACACGCCAUUAUAUCCAUCUGUGGAAUAUCCUGGAAAAGAUACCAAGGCAGCUCGGCUAUCUUAGUAUCUGGCAUGACCCUUUUAUGGAAAAACUCAAUAAGUGUAUCUAUCGAUCAUGGAAUGAAGAACAAUAUGAGAAGCGGUGGUGGAAGUUGAUUGAGAGGUUCAACCUGCGGGAAGAUGAAUGGUUUCAAAUUUUGUACGAAGAGCGCAAACUUUGGGUGCCUGUGUUUAUUAAGGAUGUCUCCUUUGCCGGGUUGUCUGCAGCUUCGAGGGCUGAAAGUUUGAACAGUUUCUUUGAUAAAUACAUCCAUGGUGAAACUUCAUUGAGAGAGUUCAUUGAAAAAUACAAAUCAAUUCUUGAAGACAUAUACGAAGAGGAGGCAAAAGCAAAUUUUGAUGCGUGGCAUGAAACACCAGAGGUGAAGUCACCCUCACCUUUUGAGAAACAAAUGCUGUUUGUUUGCACUCAUGAAAUCUUCAAAAAGUUUCAAAUGGAGGUCCUGGGAGCAGCUGCGUGCCAUCUGAAAAAAGAGAAGGAGGAUGGUUCAACUUUAUUAUAUGGAGUGAAAGAUUUUGAAAAUAAUCAAGACUUCAUUGUGGAAUGGAAUGAACAUAAGUCAGACAUAUACUGCUCUUGUCGUUCAUUUGAAUACAAAGGCUAUCUUUGUAGACAUGCUAUUGUGGUUCUGCAAAUGUCAGGUGUGUUUAGCAUUCCUUUUAAGUACAUACUGCAAAGAUGGACAAAUGCUGCCACAAGCAGAAUUCCCCUCAGUGAGAAAUUGGAUGAAGUGCAGGCCAAGGUCCGACGUUACAAUGACCUCUGUCGCCGAGCUAUAAUAUUGGGUGAAGAGGGCUCACUAUCGCAGGAAAGCUACAAUGCUGCAGUUGAAGCCAUAAGUAAUGCUCUGAAGCAAUGUUCAAAUGUAGAUGAACAUUCCGAAGAUGUUUUGAGACCCAUUGCUCCCUCGAUGGCCAUUCAAGUGGCUGCAGGAGUGAGCCAAGAUAAUACAAGUGUCUCGGGUGGGCAGAUGCUGCAUACAUGUAAAGGAACCAAUAUGAAUAAAGGUUCCAAGAGGACAAAUCUUGGAAAGGAACCCACAGACAAUGGUGGAAUCACAAGUAAAAAAGGGAAGGUACCAAUAGAUUCACCAGCUGCUAAUCCUGGGACACAAGGCAUUUUUCAGCAUAUGGAUUUGCCUGGUACCAUGGAUUACCAUGCAUUGUACCCACGGUUCCUUACAACAUUAUUGAAAGGUGGCGAGAUGUCCAAGAGAAGUGUAGAGAUGCUUGGGGAGAUUUUGGAGGAACAGAGUUGAGAGGCUAUGAUCGUUCACAAGUCUCUGAAAAUUGUGAAGCAAUUUCUUGACUGGUUCACGGUCAUUCUUGGGGCAAGGAAGAACUUGUUUCAAGGAAAUUCAAGCCCGUAUAUCUACCGGAGGAUCCUGACUGGCUCGUUUACAUGAUUAGCAAUCUGCUCCCUUUAAAGUUGGCUUCUUUUCA